UUUCAAAUCAGGAAGAAGCGCCAUCCCGACAUGAAGCGGCGCCAUGACGAGUCUCACGGAAAGGCCAAGGGGGAUGAGAAGCGUCUGCAUAAACCUACGAAGAACAAGCAGAAGGAAGGUGGAGGUGACGAGCAACUUCGCGUGGGGAACUUCAAGAAGUACUACGCAUUUCGCUUAGGCGGCGCGAUUGAAGGCAAAUUGGAAGAGGACUCCCGCUUGUCUGUGUUCAAGAAGGAAUGGUUUGAAGGCAAGAAAGCGUUGGACAUUGGAUGCAAUUCCGGGGACAUGACGCUGGAAAUCGCUCGGCGUUUCUCCCCUGCGUUCAUCAUGGGCAUCGAUGCAGACCCGGACUUGAUCACCCAAGCACGGGCGUCGUUGAAGGAGUACAUUUCGAAACUUGCCGUCACGGAAGCGUUUCGCGACGUCCAAAAAGAAGGCCACUCCGACAAACCCCAGGAUGACGGCAACACAGAGGACGACGAGCUGCCAUUGUCGUUUCGACUGUGGAAGCCGGCAACGCACCAUGUGUCGUCGGCAGACCCCUUGCCCAACAUUGGCAGUUUUGCGUCGGGGGUCUGCUUUCCAUACAAUGUCGUGUUCAAGCGUGAAAACAUCGUGGACGAUACCCACACGGGCAAAGAAUACGAUGUCAUUACAUGCUUGUCCGUGACCAAGUGGAUCCAUUUGUUUCAUGGCGAUGACGGGUUAAAGCAAGUGUUCCACUUGGUGUAUGCGUUGCUCAUGCCGGGCGGUCGCUUCGUCUUGGAACCGCAGGUACGUCGAGGAUGCAUGACGACGGCAUCAUGGACUUGCUGAUUGUAUGUAGAAAUGGAAGUCGUACUUCAAUCGAAAACACACCAACGCUACGACGCAAGCCAACUACGACCGCAUCGCGCUGCGGCCCAAGGACUUUGCACAGUAUUUGUGCCACACGGUCGGGUUCUCGUCCGUGGAACUGCUCAAAGUAUGCAGCACGUCCACGCACGGGUUCAAGCGACCGAUCUAUCUGUACACCAAGUAGCGUAGUGUAGCAGAUGCAGCCAUAUAUGUAUGCCUAAGUUCCCAACGAAAAGAUGGCCUACCUGUAUGAUCAUGUUAAUGAGAUUACUAGCGACGCAUUUGAGUGCUUCGCAUGUGCGCUCCCGUUUGACCUCGAGGACCCGACCCGAGCCCUAUAUGUGCGCCGCCGCCCAACCCCAAUGCUGGUAUCGACCCCCGAUGCUUCUUCCACAGCUUCACCCGUUUGAAGAACGGUGCAUGUUUCAGCAUAUCUGGGAACACGAUGAACACGAUUUGACUGCCUCGAAGGUACACAUGCUCGCAAUGGGUGGUGAUGCCGCGCACGUCGGUGCGGAUCGCGUCCUUGAGCAGGCAGUUCAUGUUGUCUUCGGUUUCGUCCAAGUACCCUCGAUACAGAUCUCCAUUCUUCAUCUCCACCGUCACGAUCGUGCCUUCCCCAUCAUGCAGGAGUAUCGUCGGAAUCCCCACGCCGCGCUUCCCAGUGACUGCCAUGCUUCACCGCCGCCGCCUUGCUUCGGUGGAUCAAGAUUUUAUGGGCAUUUG